AUGGCUAAUGCAAGAGAAGUAGAUACAAGUGUUUGGCUGAAUAAUAAAUUGUCUAAUGAUGAUAUGUGGUCGGGAGCGAAUAUCUGGACAAUACUUACAACUGAUAUAUUAAGAAAUAUCCCUGAUUGCUUUCACAAUCUCCAUUCUCAAGUGAAAAUCAAGAUUUUAAUGUCAUUUCUGUACACUCGCAGGCAGGCUCAAGACAUGUCUUCGCAAUUAAAUGAUAUUUUAGAAGUUUCAUUUGGCGAUUCCGACGACUGGGUUAGAAUUCUUUCAGAAAUAUUGAGAAAUUUUCCAGAAACUGGUCGACUAAAUGUUGAUCUUGCGGAUGUCAGUCCAGUUUUUUCUGAAAUCCUCCAGGAUAUAAGACUUGCAAUGAAUGACAUUGUGAACAAGAGAGUAUUGUUACCAAUGGAAUGUCCAUAUUUAAGUCGUAAUUCUUUAAUGGCUACUAUUGGAUCACAACCUCCACCAGGCAAGCAUUUUACUUUGCGCAGAAAACCAAAAUCAGCUGCUCUGAAAGCAGAACUAUUUCAAAAAGCAACAGAAUCACUAUCUGGCAAUAAACGAGGUCAUUCUAUUCACACUGGAUCAUCAGCUAUUGUCAGUUUAAAAAGAUCUGACAGUGGCGGAAAGUCACCAUUAAAACAUAGUGUUCCUCUACUACGAGUACACAGUAAAACUGUUCCAAGCUCUGGUUCAUCUUCAGCAUUACGCCUUUCAGCUGCAUCUCUCAAGCAGCAAAAUAGAACAGCUAAGCUACUGGAUAUAAAUGAGCAACCAAUUGGAGGAGGUGUCAGAGAAGCAAAGCGUAGUAGAAAGAAAAUGAUUGCAGUGGACUUACUGUAUAUUCCUAUACCAUGUCACUGUGAUGAUAACUGUUUAUUUUGUUCUAAUUCUCACAAUAUUACACAAAUAUUACCUGAGAAGUCAUCUGAGCCUGCUGUGAGCAAUUCACCAGCUGUAACAGCGACAUCAUCAAGUAGUACUCCAUCUUACGCAAUUGGAUUGAACACUGUACCACGUGUAGCUACUUUAAAUCCAUCUGAAUCUACUUCACAAGAAAACUUGUCGACAACUUCAGCCAACUUCACUAAAGAGUUACAAAUGCAUAUUGACAGAGAGAGGGAAAAUAUAAAACUUCGACGUCUUCAGACUGCUACAGCAGGACAACAUCUUAAUACGGGAAAUUCUUCAUUCAAAUCUGUUUCCCUUCAACCGCCAUCUCAAACGCCAUCUCAACCCAGUCUCCCGUCACGCCAGCCUACAUCAAGCACGCAACCUAGUGUAGCGAACCCAACAGCACCUAAACAGGAAUUAAAGCUGACACGAGAACAAGUAAUUGCUGCACAAGAAAUGUUUCGUGAUGCAAACAAAGUCACUAAAGCGGAGAAAUCGUUGAUUUUAGGCUUCAUGGCUGGAUCGAGAGAAAAUCCAUAUCCAGAUCAAGGCCCAGUGAUUACUGUUAGAUUAAGUGAACACACUGAGAUUAGUACAAAUUCAAAUAUGAACACGCCUCAAACACAAUUGGUAGAAAUGUUGUUUGAAAUGAACUAUGAUACUGGUCAUUGGAGACGACUUAAAAGAACACGAAUUAUUGCAAGACAAUCUUCUCAAGUAAAUCAAAAUACCUAAUAAAACGUGCUUUACCAUUCUUUUUCUA